AGGGCGGCAUGCGGGAAUAAGGCCCCCGACCCCCCGUCAAGGAAAUGAAGAAAAGGCGGGAGCCACACCACCUGCGCUGCCGCCGCGCCGGCCAGCUUCUCCCCGGAAUUAGCAGCAGCUUUUGUGUUCUCGCGUCGCUCGUCUUCCAGCGGCACUGCCCACUUGCCACCGAGGCCUCGCGCCGGGUACUUCAUGGCCGCGUCCUCGCCAUCCAACCCGGCGUCGCCGCAGCCGCCGCCCCUGCUGCUGCCACCGCCGGAGCCCGCGCCUCCUCCUCCGCCGCCGCCGCCGCCGAAGGGCGGGCACAGGCCGAGCACCGCCGUCGCCGACGGCGUCCGCCGCUUGCUCAGGUCCGGGGAGGCGCUCAUCCGCGCCGUGCUCCGGGGUACCUCCGCCCACCCGCGCUCUCAUCUGCAGCAGCACCUUCACCACCAGCAGCAGCCGCAGCAUCACAGCCCUGCUGAUAUCAUGAAGCGCUUGCAGCGUGAAACAUUUUCUGAUGUCAUGAAGUUCAAGGAGAAACAUGAUCAGAUAGAGCAUAUCCUUUCCUUAUAUAAAAGUGGCAAGGGGUUCGAGUUCCUACAUCUCCCUAUCCAGGUGAAAAUAGCACUUGAUGCGGUUGGGGCACUGUUUCUUGUCGAUGGUAAUGAAUUCGAACAAGCGAAAGCAACCCUCGACAGGGCAGGGAAAAGGACGGGCCUCAGCUCAAGGUUCAUCUUCGAGUCGAAGACCAGGGGCAAAGAUACCAUUGCCGCAGAGCUCUCAACCAGGCUAGGAGCAGGUGCUCAUCUUGGGGAGGAAAUCGGGAGGCCUGUAGAGCUGACUAGAUUGCAGUACAAUGCCCAGAUCAACAAAUGGCUGUCAAUGAUCCUAGUCCCAUUUGGAGCCCAAUGCAACAACUUCUUGCAUAGUUCAAGCAUGAUUCAGAAUCUGCGGACCCAAGCCUCUUUCGACGGUCCACCAUCAUUUUUAGAACAUCACAACUGUGCUGCUGGUUUGAGAAUUGAAGGAUCCAAAUAUACCACCUCCUUUGCUGAGUUAAUCUUCGGUUCAGGAGGACUAGACAGUGGGGGUGGAGGGACUAACCGCAUGACAACAUUUGGGCAAGUGUCCUACAAACCAACCAACGAUGUCAAGCUCAAUCUGUCAGGGCUUUGGCAGGUUCGUUCGUUGUCCCCCCGGUUCAACAAUCUAGGAAUCCUUGCUAUUCCAUUAGGCAGCCUGAAAGCAGAAAACCCCACCGAAGCAGAUACAGAAGAACAGGCCGAAUUGAGUGUGAGGUUCCACCGUCCUGCUGGUGCCAAUUCACACACCAUGGAAUCAACGGUGGCAGUGCAAGGUGCCUCUCCCGCAACGCACUUAGCGCAGUCGAUCGCGCUAAUGGUGGAUUGCGAACUCUAUGAAACUCUCAAGACAGAAGCCUGGUUUCAGAUGGAGAGGUCCAAACAUGGACCGGUGCGCUGGGGCUUCUCGUUGUCCGACAUCCCAGAGAACGAACUUGGCUGGGGUGUGAGGGUGGGUGGCACGGCUGAAGGGAAAAAACAUCACCUGCAGCACCUGGACCUGGAAGGGUACCUCAACUUCAACCUUGGCAAGGGCGCGAGACUGCAGCCAGGGCUUGUGUAUGCCAAAAUGGGUGAGAAGAUGGCGCCGGCACUGCUUCUGCGGUCCUCAUGGUUCAUGUGAUCUUCAUCCCACAGCAUUGUUUGUUUCUGGGAGUGAGAGCUGUCUUCUGCUGCGUCUUCUUCGUCUUGUUUUAUCACUUGUUAACUGCUGAAACAUGGUUGCAGCUAAUAACCAUUUUGACUGAUAGCCUUGAAUUAUAUUGAAAUUUAGCAAUCUUAUGCA